CCGUAUCCUAACAACGAUUAGUUUCUCAAUCAAAAACAAUCUCAGACCCUCUUCCCUUAGCUCUGCCACCAUCUUUGAUUUUAAGAUGCGUCCACAAAUAACCAUUGGCGGUCGUUUUUAUGGACAAGGAUCGAGUUAUCAAGCUGCUGGUUCUGAAAGACCUUUGUCUCAAACUGCAAACGCUGAAUCAACUGGAGAAAAGUGCCGAAAUUUUAUAGAGAUGCAUGGUUUACAACGUUUAAGGUUUGAGUGGGAUGCCUCGAUUGAGCAGCUAGUUAAAGCCAACUUUGAUGCCCUUGCUGCUGCUCGCCUCAAAGGAAUGGUUAGUCUUGCAAAGUCCAAAGGAAAACAACCUGACUGGAUUCUGGCUAAAUAUUGGAGAGUAAUGGUAGCUUAUUGGAAGAUUCCAAAAGCCAAAGAAAAAAGUGAAAAAGCUCGUUCUUCACGACUAAAUAGUCGUGAUGGUUUAGGUCCACAUUGUCACAGAGCGGGUUCACGUUCGUAUGCUAAAGUUCAAGAUGUCUUGGAAGCGAAUAAUGAAGACUCUUCCUUCGUUGCUGUGAUGAGAGCAACACACCAAAAAUCUGAUGGAACAUAUGUUGAUGAAAGAGCAAGACUAAUUGCUGAACAAUAUGAUGAAUGUCUUCUUGAACGCUUGACACAAGCAGAUUCCUCCAAUGGAGAGGUUUUGACAAUGGAUUCCCUUAGCAAAGAAGAGAAAAAUGAAAUCUAUGUCAAGAUUGCUGGAAUAUCAAAACAAGGUCGUGUAUUUGGACUUGGAUCACUUCAAAGUGGGGUUUCCAUGUCAGAUGGUUCCCUAGUUCCCCCUCAAGCUACUGUAGAAGUGGGAGCAUUAACUCUCCGAGUGAAAGAACUAGAAACUGAAUUGCAAAAGAGUCGUGAAGAUAAUGUGCUUGUUCGACUCGAAGCUGUGGAGCAACUAAUUCAAACUCUUGCACGUCAGAAUGGGUUAGAUGCAUCAUCUCCACCUCCUCCACCUGUAGGAAGUUCUUCUUCUCCACAAGCUCCCAUGGGGUUUUCUCCAUUUUCUCGUGCUACAAUGUCUCUUGCUUCUGUUGUGUCUAUCAUAGCUUCUCUUGAACCAUUCACGCCACCAACUCUUGCUUAUAUUGGAUCAUUCUAUAGCUUAGCCUCCCGUGCUUCAAUCGCCCGUUCAAUUGUAGCUUAUCUAUUAGAGUUUCAUUUGCACCACCACCACCACCACCAAGACCAACAACAACAACACCAUCUCACUUCUCCUUACUACAAUCCUUUCCACCACCACAAUCCCACCACCGUCUCCGCCGCACCAUCCACCACUACUUCCGCCGGAAACUCGAUUCCUUCCUCCAACAAUGGUAAUUUACAAUUACCUAAUGAUGGGUCUUCUUCUUCUCUCUUCUCGGUUCCGUCUUCUGCUGUGAAUGUUUCGAUUGAUCCGGUUAAGAGAAAGAGAGGUAGACCUAGGAAGUAUGAUACUCCGGCUCAAGCUUUAGCGGCUAAGAAAUUGGCUUCUUCUGCUAGUAAUUCUUCUGCUAGAGAAAGGAGAGAACAAGCCGCCGCUGCUGCUGCCGCUGGGGUUUCGCCGCCGGUUUCUAAAUCCGGUUCAAGGAAAUCACUUUUGGGUUCUGUCGGAAAAACGGGGCAAAGUUUUACUCCACACAUUGUUAAUAUAACCCCUGGUGAGGAUGUGGCGCAGAAAAUUGUCCUUUUCGCUCAGCAAAGCAAGCAUGAGUUAUGCGUUCUUUCUGCAUCUGGCUCCAUCUCUAAUGCAUCCUUGUCUCACUUGGCAUCAGGAACAAGUGUAUCUUAUGAGGGUCAGUAUGAAAUUAUCUCACUGAGUGGAUCUUAUAUUCGGGGCGAGCACGGUGGUAAAACUGGUGGCCUUAGCGUUUGUUUAUCUAGUUCAGAUGGUCAGAUAUUUGGUGGAGGAGUUGGGGGACUCCUAAAGGCUGCUGGUCCAGUUCAGGUGGUUCUUGGCACUUUUCAGCUAGAGAAAAAGAAGGAUGGAAGAAAUGGUGUGAAAGGAGAUGAUGCUUCGGGAAGUGGAAACAUGUUACCUUCUCCUUCUGGCACAGAAUCUUUGCUUGGCUACCAUCCUGAUAUGGAAUCUUCCGGAAGAAAUCCAAACGAUAACCAUCAUAUUAUUACUAGUAGUGCAUUGGGUGGUGGAGCUCAUUUCAUGAUGCAACCACCUCAGGGCUUGCACAUGACACAUGCCCGACCUUCUGAAUGGGGCGGUACUGGGUAUGAUUUGUCAGGACUGAGAGGAAAUGGGUCAUCAGAAAACGGAGAUUAUGAGUAAAUGGCACAGAUUAGUUACGGAUAUAAAGAGACGUGUGUAGGGUUUUAGAUUGAAACUGAGCUGAGCAUGAAUCAAGGUGAGAGUGGACU